AGCAACUCGACUACACUCUCCAAGACUCAGAAGCCUUAAGCCUCCCCACAACAUUUCCUCCCAAGCCAUCUUUAAACGAUACUUUUUCAAAACAUCCACCAGAACAAUGAAGUCCUUCACUGCUAUCUCUCUCCUCGCCCUCUUCUCUUCGGCUUUAGCCGCACCUGUUGAGCAGUCAACCGACGCUUCUACCGCCGCCACUGUCUCCGUCUCCUACGACCAAAAAUACGAUGUCGGCGGCAGCUCUCUGACUACUGUUGCCUGCUCGGACGGUGUGUACGGCCUCAUCUCCCAGGGCUACAGCACCUUCGGCUCCGUCCCGGGCUUCCCCAACAUCGGUGGCGCUCCUACCAUCCCCGGCUGGAACAGCCCCAACUGCGGGAAGUGCUACCAACUCCACUACGCGGCCGGCAACAUCGACCGGUCCAUCUACGUGACUGCCGUUGAUGCGGCACCCGGUGGCUUCAACAUCGGCUUGCAGGCCAUGAACGCUCUGACGAACGGAUUGGCCGAGCAGUUGGGCAGAGUCAAUGUGGACUACACUGAAGUCCCCCGCUCGAACUGCGGCUUCCAUAAUUGAUGAGGUUGUCUUGACGGAUGGUGACGAUGAAUCAUGAAUUACAUGAUCCAAGUAUCUAAUUUUAUCUUCUUAUGUCUCUAUUUCAGCAUGUGAUAUAGCACUAAUGCAUUACGCGGGAU